UUCCUCCCUCAAAAGCUGCUCUGCAGAUUCAACAAUGCUUCGCUCACACUGUGCUGGUGCUGCCACCACUCCCAACUAACCGACCACUCCGCACACAUUUGCAGACUUGUUUUUUGUUUUUUCCAAUCGUAAUCCUCUGUCUCUGUCUCUCUCUCUGUUUGUUUUCAUCAUCUCAAAUUUCAAUCGUCUCGUUUCGUUUCGUUUCAAUCCACCGUCGUUUUGGAGAUCAUGUUCAACGACAACGCCAUGAGAAGGAAGCAACAAGAGCUCGAGCUAGCUUGGCUCAACGCCGCCGCGGCAUCUAACGAACCACCACCGCCGCCUCCGCCGUCGUUUUACGACCUCUACCCCAGCCACCACCACCACCACCACAUGGUGUCACUCGCGCCGUCGAAAUCUUCAACACCGUCGAAUCAGUUCGAUUUCUACGGCGAUGGGGUGUUGUUCGGAGAUGACAAGUGGGUGAGUGAUGAUGACAACAACAACGAUGUUGGAUUUGGAAGCGUUCACUUGUUGUCUAAGGAUUUUUCUGGAAUGAGUAUCGUGGAGGAGCAAGUGAUGAUGAACAAUCAUCACGGUGCCAAAACCACCACCAGAGGGGUGGUGCCAAUGGCAAUGCCGUCGUCGUUCACGCCGUAUGGUUUGGAAGAAGAACUACCGCAUCCUCUGUUUCAUCAGCGAAACGUGGCGGCCACGAAAUCCUCCGCCACUUGGGGUGGUGGUGGUUCUGUUUCUCAGGGUUUAGUCUCUGAUGUGAAUUGGUCUUUGCCUUCUUCUUCCAAAGGAAGCGCGUUUGAUUCUCUCUGCUACGGGAACAGUGAGUGCUGUGGUGGUGAUUGUUAUGGCGGCGGCGGUGGUGGUUAUGCGCGUGUAACUCAGUUUCAGAAGCCAUCUUUUGCUGCUUCACCUUCACCUUCACUUUCACCUUCACCCCACUACCCUUAUGACCAUUUUCUCUUGUCACCGAGAAGAUCAUCGUUUGAAUCGCAACAACCCAAGAUUGGUUUGAAUCUAAACAAUGCUAGACCCUCCUCACGUUGUUUCCCUGCAACGAGAGAAUCACCCAACUGGGAACAACAACAACAAUGUCAGCAAUCUCUGUCUCCAGGAAGAACAGGAUUUGACCCUGUAGCGUUUCGGUGUGAUAACAGCUUCAUCAUACAAGGGAAAGACAUGAGAUCACGCUGUGAAAAUGGGUGUAAUGGCAAUGGCAAUCCUGUAUGUGGUAGUGGAAGAAAGCAUACAUAUUCCCAUUCUCAUUCACACCGUGUUGUUGGAGAGGAAGUUCCUCUUCCUCUUCCUCAGGUGGUUGUUUCUCCUCGUGUUCCUGUUUGUAACCAUGGAAAUAGUAGCAGUGUUGCUGCAGGUGAUGUCAUGCAGCCAUUGCUGCUGAAUUUUGGGUCUGUGGCUGAGCUACAAGCUUACAUGUACCACAUGGCGAAGGAUCAGAAUGGUUGUCGCUUCUUGCAGACCAUGGUUGAAGAUGGGACCCCUGAAGAUGUUCAGAUAGUGUUUGAGGGGGUGAGAGAUGUUGUUGUUGAACUCAUGAUGGACCCUUUUGGAAAUUACCUUGUGCAGAAGUUGGUGGAGUUUUGCAGAGAUGAUCAGAGGUUGCAGAUUGUGCUAAUGUUGACUAAGGAACCAGGGCAAUUGGUCAGAACCUCUUUGAACACACAUGGCACUCGGGUGGUUCAGAAGUUGAUUGGGAGCCUCAGGUCAAGGCAACAAAUUUCAUUGGUGAGGUCUGCUAUUCAACCUUGUUUUCUUGAUCUUGUCAAGGAUCUGAAUGGAAACCAUGUUGUCCAACGUUGCUUGCAGUGCCUUAACAACCAAGAAAACGAGUUUAUUUUUGAUGCUGCUGUGAAGUUUUGUGUUGAUAUGGCUACUCAUCAACACGGGUGCUGUGUACUGCAACGUUGCAUUGAUACUUCCACGGGAAAAUGUCAUGAUAAGAUAGUCAAAGAAAUAUGCAAACAUGCGCUUCUCCUGGCUCAAGAUCCAUAUGGAAAUUAUGUUGUUCAGUAUAUCAUAGACCUGGAGAACCCAAGUAUCACAGCCAAACUGAUUUCUAUGUUCAAAGGGAACUACAUAAACCUCGCCACACAAAAGUUUAGCAGCCACGUGGUUGAAAAAUGCCUCAACGAAGUUCCAGAGACCAGAUCCAGGAUAGUCCAAGAAUUGCUGUCUGUUACUCACUUUGAGCAGUUGCUGCAAGACCCAUAUGCUAACUAUGUGAUUCAAUGUGCUCUCUCAGUGACCAAGGGACCUCUGCAUGCAUCUUUGGUUGAAGCAGUUCGCCCCCACAAAAUCUUGCGAACCAGCCCAUAUUGCAAGAGGAUUUUUUCAAGAAACCUGCUUAAGAAGUGAUUGUACAAGAUAUGUUGUUGUUCCCACUUAAGAUCACUACUAUUCUCCUAAUCAAGUCCUUUUUGUUUAAUUUGUACGUCUAAGUUCUAACUUAGCUACUAGUAUAUGUUGUAUCUUUGUCUGUGUGUACCAGAAUCUGAGCCUAAACUGCAGAAACAAGUUUGCUACUAGCCUCUCAUAAGGAACUUCCACAGGCUAGGCUUGUUUUGCAGGUGCUUUUUGGUGCAGGUGCAUGUUGUAUUUUUCUGUUGUCUACUGUUGUCCUAUGUGAUGUAUGGGUACCUUAUA